GCCAUCAGGUGGGGCGUACGCUCGUCUGUCUACAAGGGCAAUAAAAAAAGUUGUUAUGUUUAGUGGUUCCGGUAGCCGCUGAUCAUCUAGUGGUUCGUGAGUUCGUCUGUCCAUUAAAUAUAAUAGGUGAUGUCAUCAUUUAGGUGAUGUCGUAUGGACAAUUAUAUCAUGGAGAGUCUUCAGGACCGCAUUGCUGUGCAGAAAUCUGGUGGACUGUACCUAUCGACCCUGAUGCGGAGACUGCAAGCUUUGCGCGCGCAUACCACGCUGAUGCUGUAGAUCUCCACGUUUUUAACGCGGGAAGCCGGCAGACGCCGUAUGGCCGACCGCGGCAAACAUCGCGUCGCGCCCGUCCCGGCGCCGGCCCGUAAGCAGUACGCGUACGUGCCGUGCCCGAGGUCCGAGGAGGUCGGCACGGAGUUCGCGCUCCAACUCCUCAAGAACUACCACGAUGAACCAGAGACGCCAAGGAAAAUCGUACACGGUGGUUGUUUCGUCGGUUCAACGCCGUUCAACACACCAGCCCUAAAAGAGCUUUCAGAAGAUGGUGCAAACCUAUUGGAUGACAUUAGUAGCAAGAGCACAGAUAUGACUGAACUUUCAGAAGAUACUGACUACCAAUAAGAUGACAUUAAUCGCAAGAG